AUGAUUUUACGUACAAUGAAAAGAGAUGACCAAAAAUUAUUUGUUGAUAACUUGCACGAACUUCGUCAGGUAACAUCUAUAAGUAUUCUUUGUAAUCAUCCGGAUGACUACAAUGAAUGGAAAACUUUAUAUUCAAAAUUAACAUCGAUAUCAAAAAUUAAUAAUGAUAUUGAGCUACAAUUGAAGGAACUCAUAGCGGAACAACUGUCUAAAAAGUUAGCUUAUGAUGAACGUGAAACAACCAAAUCUCUUCGAGACGGUGACCGAGGUUCAGCUGCACUUCAUAUUCGUGAAGCACAAAAAUCGAUUGAAAAAUUAAGCGAAGAUAUAAUACAACGCCAAAAUUUUCUUCAAAAACGUCAACGGGCCGAUGCAAAAAAAGAACAGUUGUUAGAACGACAAAAAAUAGAUUUAGGCAAACGUGGUGCUAAACUGAUGCUUCAAGAAAUGGUGGCAACACUUGAACAAUCACCAAGUGAAGUUACAGAUCGACCACUAAGUGGAGUUACAAAUCAACCACUAAGCAGAGUUACAGAUCGACCACUAAGUGGAGUUACAGAUCGAAUCCCUAGUCAAACUACGGAUGAAUCGCUUAAACAAGCACCGCAUCAGCUGGUAGUUCCAAGACUUCCCAAGGUUUGGGUCAGAGUUGGUUUUGGUAUUGUAUUGGGCUUGGGUUAA